AAGCUACUCUCUACUUGGGCAAUGCUAGCUCCAGCCACUUGUAAAUUUCCAAGCACAAGAGGGUUCUCAGUAGCGGACCGUUGCGGGAAUUUGGAGCCGUUCGGAAUCAGGAACUAUUGACGGAAUGCUCUUCGUCUUGCGAAACAUAAUAUCAGCCUUGGAAGAUUCAUGCCAAUGUCUGGUAGUUGGUGAGGCAGGUGGUGGCGAGUGGUAGAUGCUACUAUUUCUAAUUGCUGUACAAGUGGCUUGGCAUUUGACCUCAUCCGAACUUCAGCAAUCACAAGCCUUUGCACCCUGAGCAGAAUCCACAUCGAUCAACAUGUUUUCAAGGACAGCUUUCACAGCCGCGGCUCGAACCGCAAGCAGAACUACGCGCGUCCUCGCUUCAUCGAGACUUCCGCCACGCUUCCCGACGGCGCAACAAAUUCGCCUGCUAUCCGAUGAAGUCAGACAAGCAAUUGAUCGAGCGGUAGAGUCGUCGCCGGUGGUUUUGUUUAUGAAGGGAACGCCAGAAACCCCUCAAUGCGGAUUCUCAAGAGCUACGAUACAAAUUCUUGGUAUGCAGGGUGUGGAUCCGGCAAAGUUCACUGCGUUCAACGUGCUGGAGGACAACGAGCUUAGGCAAGGUAUCAAAGAAUACUCGGAUUGGCCCACUAUACCUCAGCUCUACGUCGAUAAGGAAUUCAUUGGUGGCUGCGACAUCCUCAUGACGAUGCACCAGGACGGAUCAUUGGCCAAGCUGUUGGAAGAGAAGGGCGUGCUUGUGCCGGCCGAAGAGCCGAGCGCUGACGCCUCGAAAUAGGGAGAUUGUGAGGGUGGUGCUCCUGUAGUAUUAUAGCAUGUAUGUUACGACAAUGCACAAGGUUAAUCUCUAC